AUGAGCCACCAACCUGUCGUUAAUGCCCUUAAAAAGCUCCUUGCGGAUUAUUACGCUCUUUAUCUGAAGACCCAAAACUACCACUGGAACGUUGAAGGGCCACGCUUUAGGGAACUCCACUUAUUAUUUGAAGAACACUAUACAGAACUUUCAGAGGCCAUAGACACUCUGGCGGAACUCAUUCGCGGCUUGGGUGAAAAGGCUCCAGGAACUUUCGAAGCUUAUAUGCACAACACAUCAAUUAAACCUGGGAACGAAUCUGCUUCUGCUGAGAAGAUGUUAAAAGACUUACUUGAAGAUCAAAGGCAGAUUGAAAAGACGCUCAACACAGUGCUGAACGCCACACAAGAAGCUGAAGAUGAAGUCGUCAUCGGUUUUAUUGUAGACCGUUUAACACCGCAAAACAGCCUGGAUGCUUAA